AUGUUGCAGAAAUCCCAUUUAAUACAAGGACCUGUAGUUAUCAAUGUUGCAGACUUUACAUUACAAGGACCUGUGGUUAUCUGUGUUACAGACUUUUCAUUACAAGGACUACUUCCAUUACAAGGACCUGCACUUAUAAAUGGUUCACACUUUCCAUUACAAGGACCUGUAAUUGCCAAUGGUUCACACUUUCCAUUACAAGGACCUGUAGUUAUCCGUUUUACAGACUUCCCAUCACAAGGACCUGUAGUUAUCUGUGUUACAGACUUCCCAUCACAAGGACCUGUAGUUAUCAAUGUUGCAGACUUUCCAUUACAAGGACCUGUAGUUAUCAAUGGUUCAGACUUUCCAUUACAAGGACCUGUAGAUAUCAAUGAUUCAGACUUCCAUUACAAGGACCUACUUUUCAUUACAAGGACCUGUAGUUUCUUUCCAAUGUUGCAGAAUUCCCAUUUAAUACAAGGACAUGUAGUUAUCAAUGGUUCAGACUUCCCAUCACAAGGACAUAAAGUUCUCAAUGGUUCAGACUUUCCAUUACAAGGACAUGUAGUUAUCAAUGGUUCAGACUUCCCAUCACAAGGACAUGUAGUUAUCAAUGGUUCAGACUUUCCAUUACAAGGACAUGUAGUUAUCAAUGGUUCAGACUUUCCAUCACAAGGACCUUUAGUUAUCAAUGUUGCAGACUUUUCAUUACAAGGACCUGUAGUUACCAAUGUUGCAGAAUUCCCAUUUAAUACAAGAUCCUACUUUCCAUUACAAGGACCUGUAAUUGCUAAUGGUUCAGACUUUCCAUUACAAGGACCUGUAGUUAUCCGUUUUACAGACUUCCCAUCACAAGGACCUGUAGUUAUCUGUGUUACAGACUUCCCAUCACAAGGACCUGUAGUUAUCAAUGUUGCAGACUUUCCAUUACAAGGACCUGUAGUUAUCAAUGGUUCAGACUUUCCAUUACAAGGACCUGUAGAUAUCAAUGAUUCAGACUUCUAUUACAAGGACCUACUUCCAUUACAAGGGCCUGCACUUAUCAAUGAUUCAGACUUUCCAUUACAAGGACCUGUAGAUAUCAAUGAUUCAGACUUUCCAUUACAAGGACCUGUAGAUAUCAAUGAUUCAGACUUUCCAUUACAAGGACCUGUAGGUAUCAAUGAUUCAGACUUCCAUUACAAGGACCUGCACUUAUCAAUGGUUCAGACUUUCCAUUACAAGGACCUACUUCCAUUACAAGGACCUGCACUUAUCAAUAGUUCAGACUUUCCAUUACAAGGACCUGUAAGUGUCAGUGGUUCAGAUUUUCCAUUACAAGGACCUGUAAGUGUCAAUGAUUCAGACUUUCCAUUACAAGGACCUGUAGAUAUCAAUGAUUCAGACUUCCAUUACAAGGACCUGCACUUAUCAAUGAUUCAGACUUUCCAUUACAAGGACCUACUUCCAUUACAAGGACCUGCACUUAUCAAUGGUUCAGACUUUCCAUUACAAGGACCUGUAAUUGUCAACGGUUCAGGCUUUCCAUUACAAGGACCUGUACUUAUCAAUGGUUCAGACUUUCCAUUAAAAGGACCUGUACUUAUCAAUGGUUCAGACUUUCCAUUACAAGGACCUGUAACUCUAGAAAGAGUUCUGGGACUUACAGCAACAAGCAAUGCAACAGUAGCCUGUGAUCCAAACAGCAGUAUUGUAGCAUAUCCUGCAGGAUGUGUGGUGGUGCUUUACAACCCAAAGAAGAACAAACAGGGUCACAUCUUCAAUGUGUCAAAGAAAACGCUAACAUCCCUCGCCUUUUCUGGUGAUGGCAAACAUCUUGUUACAGGAGAGAGUGGCCACCAGCCGGCUGUGAGGGUCUGGGAUGUGGCAGAGAAAACACAAGUUGCUGAGUUUCAUGGUCACAAGUUCGGCAUAAGCUGUGUGGCCUUUUCGCCCAACCUGAAGUAUAUUGUUUCUAUUGGAACGCAACAUGACAUGCAAGUCAAUGUCUGGAACUGGAGAACAGGGUCAAAAGUGGCCUCAAACAAAGUUUCAAGUAAGGUGUCUGCAGUGUCAUUUUCGGCUGACGGUUCUUAUUUUGUAACCGUUGGUAUGAGACACGUCAAGUUUUGGUACCUUGACAGUAGCAAGUCAAAGAUAAAUUCAAUAACAUUACCUCUGAAUGGGCGCAAUGGUAUACUCGGAGACCACAGGAAUAAUUUCUUCUGUGAUGUAGCUGCAGGGACAGGAAGUUUAGAGAAAAGCACAUUCUGUGUCACCCAGUCAGGGUAUCUGUGUCAGUUCAAUGAAAAACGGCAGAUGGAAAAAUGGGUAGAACUUAGGACAACAUGUGCCAAUGCAAUAUCAGUUGCUGGUAACUAUAUUUUUGUUGGUUGUGCCAAUGGGAUUGUGAGAGUGUUUAAUUCAUCAACUCUACAUUUUGUGGCUACACUUCCACGACCUCAUUAUCUCGGAGUAGAUAUUGCUGCUGCUGUCAACCCAAGUCAGUUAAAUUCUGUUAAAGAUGGCGAUAUCAAAUAUCCUGACACGAUUGCUAUACAGUAUGAUGAGGAACAUAACAAGGUAACAUGUAUAUACAAUGACCACAGUAUGUAUAUUUGGGAUGUCCAUGACCUGAAGAAGAUUGGGAAGGCCUGGUCAUUCCUGUACCACAGUUCAUGCGUGUAUGGUGUUGAGGUAUACCCAGUGUUGGAGGCAGGUUUGAAGUCUGUUCUACCACCACAUUCAUUCUUCACAUGCUCCAGUGAUGACACUAUACGAAUAUGGAACCUAGAUCCUCAUAUGGCUGAAACAUCCACAUACAAAAGCAAUAUAUAUACACAUGACUUGCUGAAGGUGAUGUACAUGGACCCAAGUUUAACAUCCCUCUGUGAUAUAGACUACAAUCCUUCUGGUGCUACUGAUAAAACAGAUACUAACUAUGAUGACAAGAAUGGUAUACGUUCUAUACGAGUCAGUCCAGAUGGUCAACAUCUAGCUUCCGGUGAUAGACAAGGAAAUGUCAGGAUUCAUGAGUUGGAGAAUUUGAUUGAAAUAAAGCAGAUUGAAGCACAUGAGUCAGAAGUUCUGUGUUUGGAAUACUCUCGAUGGAAAAAUGGACCAAAGUUGCUUGCAUCAUCAAGUCGUGACCGGUUGAUCCAUGUGUUUGAUACAGAACAACAGUACGGUCUGUUACAGACAUUGUCAGAUCAUUCCUCGUCAAUUUCUGCUGUCAAGUUCACAGAGACAGAUAACGAGAUGAAGAUGAUCUCAUGUGGGGCAGACAAGUCUAUAUUAUUUAGGAAUCUACAACAGGAUCCUGAGUUUCAGUUUACCUUAGCAACACACCAGGUUGAGAAGAUGACACUGUACGACAUGGUCGUAGAACCGACACAGAAGUUUUCAGCCAUUGCUUGCCAAGACAGAAAUGUCAGAAUCUACAAUAUAAAAACUGGAAAGAAGAAGAAAGAAUACAAAGGUUCGCUGUCUGAUGAUGGUACCUUACUGAAGAUGAAGCUGGACCCCUCUGGUACAUUUGCCGCCACCAGUUGUAGCGAUAAAAAUAUGUGUAUUAUUGACUUCUACUCUGGAGAGUUACAAGCUACUAUGUUUGGUCACUCAGAAAUUGCAACGGAUGUGAGAUUUAUGAACGAUCUGCGACAUUUGAUCUCUACAUCUGGAGAUGGGUGUAUAUUUGUGUGGAGGUUACCACAGGAGAUGACAAGCCAGAUGCAGAACAGAUUGAAGGAAAUGGGACAGAUCUUACCUCAUAUUACUAAUGGUGGCUUAAAACUGGAGCCACUGAAAGCAUUCAAGAAGGAUGAGGUUGAUGCUAGUGUAGCCCCAGAGAGGGAGUUUUUCAGUCCAGAGAGAGCUCUGAAGGAGAUGUACCCCAGCCAGUACAAUGGCAACAGCCCAUCUCCAUCGCCCAAAGAUAAUCUAGAUUACAGGUUCAGCAUUAGUCAGCUGCCUAGCUGGGCAAAGAAAAAGUUUGAGGGAGGAGGAGAUGGUUUGGAAAACGUGCCCAAUGCUGAUGAUGAUGCUGGGUCAGGACCUGCUCCUAGGGGGCGCUGGGCUCAGAGGGCAGAGGGACAGGGACCAACAAUCAAAACUCAAGAUGGAAAGUCAGUGGAAGUAGACCCAUCUGCAGGUAUACUUGCCUUACUUAUAUGUCAAGACAGCAGUUAA